AAAAUUUUCCAUCAUUUUCCCAGAGAAAUUACCCAAGCGUUCCAGCACCCAUGCCUUCCCCAGUCGGCUCCCCCACAAGCUCCCAGUCCGUGACUCAGACCGUCAACGGUUCUCACAGUUUCACUAUCAAGGGCUACUCCUUGGCCAAGGGCAUGGGCAUCGGGAAGCAUAUAGCCAGCCAGAGCUUCACCGUCGGCGGCUACCAGUGGGCCAUCUACUUCUAUCCCGACGGUAAAAACCCGGAAGACAAUUCUACUUAUGUCUCCGUUUUCGUUGCCCUAGCCAGUGAGGGCACCGAAUUCAGGGCUCUCUUCGAUCUCACACUUUUGGACCAGAGUGGAAGGGGCAAGCAUAAAGUGCAUAGCCAUUUUGAUCGCUCUCGAGAGCGGCCCUUAUACGCUCAAGUAUCGGGGCAGUAUGUGGUUGAGUUUUCCACUGUCAUAGUCUUACCAAUCUUAACCUGGCAGUCCUUUCAUACUGAAGUUGUUAGCAAACACAAUUGUGCUUAUGCAGUAUGCUUGCAAAAGUACUCUCAAUACUCUUAUGGCAAUUGCAGCAUUGGCUUCUUGUGGUGCUAUCUUUUCACUAAUUCCUUCAAGAAAGCAGCAUCAUCAUCUGGAUCAAUUCAGGCAGGCUAUUGUACAGCCGUGUUUCUUAGUAGGUCUCCAAGAACGUAUCCUAAAGAGAAGUUGUGGAAUAGUCCAAUGAGUCCACCGGCAUGGUCAAACUCUCCUGUUGAAGGUCAGGGACAAGAAACCUGGUGUACUACCCUCAACUUUCCACCAGACACGGUAAUCGGAAGAAGUUCACAAAGCAAGAAUGGGAAGAUUUCACUCGAAGAAUCAACCCAAAAACCUAUGGCAGAACUGGCAGCAACUCCAGGAUUCACUGACCGGGUCAUUGAGCGUGCAGACCGUAUAAAAGCUCGUUUCGAAUGACAGUUCAGAUGAAUCAAUUGGGAGCAAAUCGAGUUCUAUAGACGAAGAAACUGAAGAUAGCAGCAGUCAGUUUAGAUUCUUUAAUUUGAAACGAUGAAGUUGAAGAUA